CAGAUCGGCUUUAAUUUCAUUUCCAUGCAUUCCCAUUCAUUACUAUUUCUGGAAAUUCUACUUUCUCAAGUUUAUAAGUAAAAAACUCCCGCCCUGUUUCCUGCAACCCUACAAACAACAACGUAGCUUUUAGUCUUUCAGAAAUGUCAACCUCUGAUUAUACUCCUAAAGCUAAAGCCAAAGGCAGGGCUUACUGGCACUGGAACACUACCAAAACAAAGCUUGAUUUUCCUGCUGUUAUUGUUUUCUGUUGUUUCUUCUUCGUUUUUGGCUUCCUUUUUUCAAGCCUUCGCUCUCAGGUUUCUGGAGUAAGGCAGAGAGGGAGGCAGCUGCUUAAUUCAGUGGAGUAUGAGUUGAUGGGACAUGGAAAAACUGGAGAUGAUUCUAUUUCUGUUAUUCCUUUUCAGGUUAUAAGUUGGAGGCCGCGUGCUUUUUAUUUUCCGAAAUUCGCAACUCCGGAGCAAUGCCAACAUAUAAUUAACUUGGCAAAACCAAACCUUGCACCUUCCAAAUUGGCUUUGCGGAAAGGGGAAUCAGAAUACCCACAGGAUGUUAGAACAAGUAUGGGCACGUUUCUUAGUGUUUCUGACGAUCCUACUGGAGUUUUGGACGCCAUUGAAGAGAAAAUAGCAAAGGCUACAAAGCUUCCAAGGACUCACUAUGAGGUUGCUACCUUUUUAGUAUAUAUGUCAGAGGUUGAAGGAGGGGAAACUGCAUUUCCAUUCGAGAAUGGGUUGAAUAUGGAUGGAAGUUAUGAUUUCAAGAAGUGUAUAGGUCUGAAAGUGAAGCCACGCAUCGGAGAUGGGUUUCUGUUUUAUUCAUUGUUUCCCAAUAAUACGAUCGAUACGGCAUCACUUCAUACCAGCUGUCCUGUAAUCAAAGGUGAAAAAUGGGUGGUUACGAAAUGGAUCAGAGAUCAAAAAGAUUUUUUUUAGGGAUCGAUUCCUUCCCAUCAGUCAAAGUUGUCCCAGAGUUUUUGAUGGGUUUCUCCUUAUAUCGCCAUUAACUUUUCCAGUUAGUCUCAAUAUGAACACUUGUUUCACAUAUGGGUAUUCCUUUUCUCAUGUAAUUGCUGAAAAAAAUUAGAAUCAGUUUAUACAGAUUUCUCAUGUACAUAAUAUCAAAGCAAAUAAUAAUAUUCUCAGAAGUAUGAAGUAAGAUCUAAGAAUCUAUCUGAACCACACUGUUCUUGGAAUGACUUUAAAUACUGGGUGAAAUCUCAAACCUUGCUUAACACUGAGAGGCCCUCUGCUGCAUCAAUCCACCUUUCAACUGCAACUUUA